AUGCCUACUGAUGCAGUUGAUCCCUCACUCAAUCCAAAUUCAGCUUACUAUCUCAGCAAUAAUGACCUUAAUACUUCAAAAUUGAUCAAUAUAGUUUUUGAUGCCAACAACAAACACUCAAGAUUUCAGAAUCUGGAACAGGUGCAACGAUUUGUUAAUUUCCUGGAUCAGAAAUUAUGUGAUUUGAAUCAAGAGGAUGAUGAACAAAUCUUUGGAUUUUUCACUAAGAUCAAACUUCUUUGGGAUCAACUUGAUGGUUUAGAUCCUCUACCAUCUUGUGUAUGCACUGGUUGUAACUGCACUCUCACACAAAAGCUCCUAAAGGUUCAACAAAACCAAAGAAUGAUUCAGUUUUUGAUGAAACUGAACCAGAAAUAUGAUCACUCUAAGAGUACUAUUCUCAUGAUGAGUCAACUACCAACAAUUUCAAAGGCAUAUGGAUUAUUUCUUCAAGAAGAGCAACAGAAACAAGCUAAUAACAACAGGAAGCAUAACUUGGAGUCUACUCUACUCACUGUAAGAAAAUUCACUGAUAAUAGGCCAUAUAAAUCCAGCUAUGGUUCCAAUUCUGGCACACAAAAUACAGCUGGUGGAAAUCAGCCAAGGAAUUUUACUAACACUAGAAACAACUUAUUUUGUGAGCAUUGCAAAAUGAAGAAUCACACUGUUGAUAAAAGUUGUAAGCUACAUGGCUAUCCUAAGGAUUUUAAAGGCAAAGGCAAAAGAGUAGCAGCAGCAACUCAGCUAGAAGAAUUUACUGAGAUGGAAAGUCCAAAUGAAGCAGACAGAGGAGUUGUUCAUGCUACCUUCACAGAAAAUAGUGGUGCAAGUGAUCACAUGUGUUCAGAUAAAAGCAUGUACAGUAAACUAAAACCUGUUAAUGACAAGCAUCACACAAUUCCUGAUGGUACUGAAUUACAGAUUUGUCCAUUACCUAAGCAAACAAGAUUUCCUUUCUCUAUUAGUGGUAUUAAGUCAGUACAGCCCUUUGACUUGUUACAUAUAGAUGUAUGGGGACCUUAUUCUGUACAUGAUUCUUCUAGAUGCAAUCAAUUUCUUACAAUUGUGGAUGAUUACACUAGAAUGACUUGGACUCAUUUAAUGAGGAAUAAAACAGAUUCUGUCAAAAUUAUGAGUGAUUUCCUUUUAUAUGUUGAGAAUCAGUUUGGUCUUACAGUCAAAGCAGUUAGAUCAGACAAUGCUCCUGACUUGACAAAAGGUGGAAUGAAAUAA